AUGGAAACUUCGCCGCCUGCGGAGGACACCAUUGGCUGUAAGGCACAGCUUCGUGGCCUUGGGGAACCACUGUUACGCAUGGACCGGGAAGUACGAAGACGAAGUCUCCGAUUUUCGCUACCUUAUCACGGCUGGAAAGGGUUGUUCCGAGGCUUUCUACCGAGAGUAGACCCUGACUUGCACUACGCCCUCAGAUCGUACCGUGAUGGCUCUGCUAUUGAAGCCCACGGGGAGCAGAUACUUGACCUUUUCAUUCGGUUGGCCUCGGAUGCAGAGUGGAAAAAAUGGCUGAUGCUCGCGGUGCAAGUGGCCGCAGUUGCUGGUAAUCUCAGCAUGUUCGAUCGACUCUUGGCAGCCUGUCCUCGAGACUCGACGUUUUGGACGCUGGAAACCGCCCAGCCUCUUUUUUCUGGAGCAGCGGAAGGAGGAAACUUUGACAUAUUUUCCGGCCUGCGCGAUGUCUGUACGAGUAAUCCCGAGUCCUGGACACAUGGCCCCACCGUGCGGCUCCUAGGUAGCGCUGUGAGGGGAGGCAACGUGGACAUAUUUUCCAGUGUCUAUGCUCUAUGCCGCAACGAUUCGGAGUUCGAGACAGAGCAAGCGCAGAUUCAGAGGUAUUUAAGAGUGGCCGCGUGCGGGGGUAAUUUGGAAAUAUUUUCUACUCUCCUUGCUCUUUGCCCGAGUGCGGAGGUCUGGACGCCUGAACAAGCAUUUCAGGUCCUUGCUGGCGCCGUGUCUGGCGGAAUUUUCGAAAUGUUUUCGAAUGUCCUUGCUAUCGACGGCUUCCCGUCGCUAUCGGACGCAAAAUAUGGCCGGGGAAGCAUCCGGCUGCUCCUGACGGAAACCGCGAAAGGGGGAAGUGUGGACAUUCUGCUGGCCCUUCUCGAAGUGGAUGGUUUUGAUGCUGAAUUGCGCGAGCAUGACGCCUCUGACCACCGUCCUUUUUCUGCUCUGUAUGCCGCUGCCAUGAGAGGGCACCCGAGCUUCGUGGCGGCCCUCAUCGAAGCCGGGGCCCCUCUUGAGUACAAGUGGCGUACGCAGGGUGUUAUCGGAGAUACUGCGCUAUCGGCCGCUGUUAGAGAAGGUCACGAGGAGGUGGUGCGCGAGCUUCUGGCUGCCGGGGCCUCAACUUCCAACACUCGAGAAGCCGUCAUGGUACCCGGGCAAAACCUCUUGAGCGUUGCCGCAUACGAGAGCAACGAGGGUAUCAUCGACGACUUGGUCGCUGCUGGAGCGGACCUUGGCAAGGAUCGGGGCGACUGUCUACCCCUGCAUGUAACAGCUAAGGAGGGUUUCUGCAGGCCGUUGGAACGACUUCUCCUCGCCGGGGCAAAAGUGGAUUGCGUUGACCGAGUAGGGCGAUCGGCCCUACAUGUUGCCUGCGUCUACAAUCACGAGGGUGCCGUGGAGACGCUGCUGCAGCAUCAUGCCAGCACAUCCUUGCUCUGUGACGAAGGCCUAUCGCCGUGGGAUGUGGUCGCGGCAGAUGCACUUGAGAGGCGGCAGCGAAAGUCGAUGAGUUUCACCUCCAAUCUUCGCCGUCCUUCCACAUUGAAUACCGUGGAAACUGAGGUCGCUGACCGCAUUUAUAGUAUCUUGCAGAGGUCUAGCUCUUGGGGACGUCGGGGUUGGUUGGUGAUGAUGCGGGCUCGGCGCCUUGGCCCCGAACAGGUUCUUGGUACCUCGAUGUCGCUGUUACCGUCUACGACAACAUCGCACGAAGGCCAGGGCGCAUCUCUUCAUGACGGGUGGGAGGCCGAAAACAUCGAUCGCGAUUGCUCGCCGCCUACCACUGGAUGGAAAGUGAACGCAGCAGCAGAUAAGCGCGAGACGCCGCCGGGGGGGCACGGUGAGGAACAUCGGAAAUCUGCUGGCCCGGGUAGGAUGACGGAAGCUAGAGAGUGCGCCUGGAAGGGCGCCGUGGUGUGGCUCCUGCAGUGUCCCGACGAAUGUGGAGUCUUCCAUGAGGUUCUUAGCUUCCUAUGA